AUGGCGUCACACGAGAUCGAGCCUCAGAUCGACCAAAUUCAGGACACAGAGAAAAAUUCAGAGUCCUUCCGCGAAACCUUCUCGUUGGUGUUGUCUGAAGAACAGGCCCUGGCAAAGGCGAGAAGCAGCCCGGACGAUGCCCUCCCCAUCAUCGUGAGUUAUGCCUUGGACGAUCCCGACAACCCUCGUCACUGGCCGAAAUUGAAGAAAUGGUAUAUCACUUGUCUGGUCAGCAUGCUUAAUGUGUUCACAACCUGGUGUGCUGGAGGAAUCUCAUCGGGUGCCACGGGCAUCCAAGAGGAAUUUGGAGUUUCGUCCGAGAUCACUACGCUUGGCCUAUCGUUAUACGUGCUCGGAUAUGCCAUAGGUCCGGUUUUGCUUGCGCCACUCUCAGAAUACUUCGGCCGACAGCCUGUCUACACCGUGUCAUGGUUUCUUCUGUUUAUUUUCCAGCUGCCACUCGCUUUGGCGCCGAAUAUCGGUACCAUCCUAGUCUGCCGAUUCAUCGCUGGAUGCGCUGGAGGUGCUCCGUUGACCAACACCGGUGGAAGUAUUAGUGAUCUCUGGGAACGCAAUGAGAGUGGUGGCCCUAUGGCUGUCUAUGGCCUGAGCAGCACCUUUGGACCUCCAAUGGCACUAGUCAUUACUGGAUAUAUCGGGUUGAAUUGUGGGUGGAGAAUGAUCUUCUGGGUUCUCAUGGCCAUGACGGGUGGUGUUUGGAUUUUGCUGGUCCUCACAGUUCCUGAAACACGACACACCACCAUCCUUCAGAAGAAAGCCAAACGAGUGUGCAAGCAGAUGCGCAAGGAGAAUCUGCGCUCGGCUGAAUCUACUACAGACCUCCAUGCGAGCGACCGUAAGGGUCUACAUGAGCUCUUUGCGAUCACACUUACCCGCCCUUUCCGCUUCCUUUUCUCCGAGCCCAUUACUGCAUUCUCGGCCAUAUACAAUGGUUUUCUGUACGGUCUGGUCUACCUUUUCAACGAGGCCAUUCCUUUGGUUUUCGGUGCCCCCAAGGGUCAUCCAUUCAACACUGGCCAGCAAGGGCUGGCAUUCUUGGGCAUGGCCAUUGGGCCUAUCAUUGCAUUCUGCCUGUACCCCUUGCAGGAAAGGUACUAUCUCCGACGUGUUGCCGAGAACCAGGGUAAGGGUGUUCCGGAAGCUCGAAUGUGGAUGGCUCGUGUUGGUGCCAUUCUGAUCCCCAUCAGUCUUUUCUGGUUUGGAUGGACGAGCUAUCGCACCGUGCAUUGGAUCGUGCCCAUCAUCGCAUCCUCGUUUUUCGGUGCGGGUAUCUAUAUUGUCAUCUUAAGUAUCCUCAACUAUGUCGUGGAUAGCUAUCAGACAUACUCGGCUUCGGCCCUCGCAGGUGUGAUUUUCGUUCGCAAUGUGGUCGGUGCCGGAUUCCCUCUGUUUGCCACUCAGAUGUAUGAGAAACUGGACUACGAAUGGGCCUCCAGUUUGUUGGGAUUCAUUUCCAUCUUGCUGGUUCCCAUCCCAUUUAUAUUUUUCUACAAGGGUGAAGCUAUUCGACUGCGAAGCCCAUGGGCCCGGGAGCACUUUGAUCAGAAUGAGGAUAGCCCUCACUGA